GACGGAGGGCGGCGUCAUGGCGGAGCGGCGGCCGUCCGAGGGGAGCGGGGCCGGGCCGGGCCGCGCCGUCGCCUCCCCGCGUCCCUCCGCCCGGCCUCGCCCGGUGGAGAACCAGCCAUACGACGAGAGCCUGGAGCUGCCGGAGACCGAGGAGGCGGUGGGGAGCGCGAACCGCCCGCGAGGCUCCCGCCGGCCGGAGCCGCCCUGGUCGGGAGGCGGCGGCCCGGGAGCGCGGCCCGGCGGCGCGGGAGAGCGGAGCGACGGCGUGGAGGGCGGCGGUAACGGGGAAACGGCGGCCCGGCCGGGACCCUCCGCCGCCAGCGAGGACGACGAUGACAAUGACGAUGAUGACGAUGAUGACGAUUCCUCCGAGAGCGACUCAGAGGACGAUUCGGAGGAUCGUGGGGCUCCGCUGGAGGGUGACUACAACCUAGCAGAUUAUGACUACCUACCAGUAUCUGCUGAAAUUAAAGAACUCUUUGAAUACAUAAGGAGGUACACUCCAAAAACAAUAGAGAUUGAGCACAAACUGCAGCCUUUUAUUCCAGACUUCAUUCCUGCUGUUGGAGACAUUGAUGCCUUCCUAAAGGUCCCACGCCCAGAUGGCAAGCCUGAUAACCUCGGUCUGCUGGUCUUAGAUGAGCCAUCAACGAAGCAGUCAGAUCCCACAGUGCUCUCUCUCUGGCUAACGGAGAAUUCCAAACAGCACAACGUUACACAGAUAAAAGUGAAAAGUGUGGAGAAUGCAGAGAAGAACCCCAAAGCCAUUGACAACUGGAUCGAAAGUAUCAGUGAACUGCACCGCUGCAAACCUCCUGCCACUGUCCACUACAGCCGGCCCAUGCCUGACAUAGAAACCCUCAUGCAGGAGUGGUUACCGGAAUUUGAGGAGCUCUUGGGAAAGGUGGGCCUCCCAACUGCAGAAAUGAAUUGUGACCUGGCUGAAUACGUUGACAUGACAUGUGCCAUUGUGGACAUCCCUGUGUAUAAGAGUUGGAUCCAGCCUCUGCACGUCCUUUUCUCACUGUACUCAGAAUUCAAGAACUCCCAGCAUUUCAAGCCUCUGGCUGAAAGGAAGAAGGCCAGGAGCCCCACAUCCAACACACUUCCACAAUCAGCAGAAGCAGAAGUAUUAAGCUUUACUUGAAGCUUCACUUUAAAACCUCAUCUCUCAGAUCAGCGCCUGCUGCUGGACGUAGAUAUUUGACCAAAGCAACCUGUGAAGCAACACACCGCAUUUCAAAGGCCUCCCUUGGAUAGAUACUGAUGAGUUAUUCUCCAUUUGUAAGCAGAGUUGUACUCUUCACAUUUAUAGCAGACGCUGCCUAAUAGCUCCAUUUUGACUCAUCCCCUGGGAAUAAAGCAUUAAACUCCCUUUUCCAAAUGACAGACUCCAUGUGGCACUGAUGCUGCAGAGCAGAAGCUCACAGAGUGUAUGCUGCAGAUGUAGGAAUAAAUUCCAUGCUCUGACACGAAAUUCUCAUCUGCCCAGCGUGUUGCAAGGUCUGAUAUCCUCUGGGGGUUUUAGGUCUCUGCCCUUUGUUAGACAGCCCCUUUUUCUAUUCUCUACACCCUUUGCUGCUGCAAACAGCAUCAUUGCUUUCCAUCCUUUGUACAGAAAGAGUUGGUGAAGGCCAGUUAGAGUGCUCAUCUGUGCUUAGGGAAAACAUAGAGGAGACCACAAUAAACAGCAUCUCCAAAGGAAAGAUGGAAAGCAUUCAGAAUUUACAAUAUAUGAAAAUGGACCUUGCCUAUUUCUUAUGUUCCAUUUCUGCCACCUAAAGGUAGAAAAGAGCAUGAAUGGUUACCAAAAGAAAAUAGUCACUGCUAAGUGAAAACACACCCAUCUUUCAUCUAAGGAUUUCAGAGCCUCACAACAGCAGGACAUCAGUUACUAGAGCAAGGAUUUCAGGGCGAUCCGAAUGACUCUGCUAUUGCAACGACAAAUCCAUUUUGUUUGCAACACAGCUCUGUCCUGCAGCAGGAGGUGAGGUGAGUUCAUGCUUCGUCGUCAUCCCCGUGACUAAUUGCUGUUGGGGUUCCACUGCACGGCACCGGCCUCUUUCAUUAUAAGUGUGUUUCCUUCUGAAGCAUCGUAUGCCAGCCGUCGUCAGCAGAGACCCGAGAUGCAAUUACCCAGUGGCUUGUCUCAGCAUAGCAAAUUAGCUAUUCCUGUUUACUCAGAAAAUGUGAGACGGGCUGGAGAGCAGCAUCAUAAAGGCAUCAUAAAGCCACGCGCCUGCGUGGAUGCAGGCUUUGACAAGAAUGCACAUCUGAAGUGCAGCAUGACUUCAAUUUUUCACUAAGCGCCUCUGCCCCAGAGCACCAAUUCCCAUGAGAGAUAAACAGAAGAAAUCCUGCACACGUUCUGCACUAGUUCUGAAUUGAGUACUUUUUAAGUCACUGGGCAUUCGCUGAGCUCAAGGCCUACCUACAAAAUAAACUGGUCGCUUUUAAAGAGA